AUGGCCAACUCUUUGUCUAUCCUUGGAGUUUCUGCUCUGCUGUUGGCUGCCGCGGCUAAUGCUGCGACGCUGGCCCCAGCCAAUGAUAUUGUGUUUCCUUCUACCUCGAACUCUCAAAAUCCUUUGAUUUAUUCUGGAGGCAAUACUCCUUGGUAUGCUGGUCCCAACGUCAAUGGAAUCGAUAACUCUGUGCCCAAGAAGUGCACCGUGCAGCAAGCAGCAUAUGUUGUGAGACAUGGCAGCAGAUUCCCCGACUCUGGAUCGUAUUCGUCCUGGGUUGGAAUACACGAUAAGAUCCAAAUCGCCGUCAAUGGCAAGGGUUUCAAGGCUCGUGAUGAGCUCGCCUUUAUUCCCGACUGGAAACCAGUCUUGACCAACUCAACUUUGCAAAUCGCUCAAGAGUCCAUGACUGGAUGGAAAGAGGCUCACGAUCUUGGUUAUCAACUUCGUGCUCGCUAUCCCGACUUCUACGAGGAUGGAAGCCCUUUCUAUGUCUGGGCGAACCACACCUCAGGCACCGUGGUUAGCGUCAACUCGACCGGCUCUGUCAGCGCUAUUGGUAAUUCUCUAGGACCUUCUGAUUCAUGUCCUAUGUUCGGCGCCACAUCCAGCGGAGGAAACAAUGUCACCGAUUUUGAUGCCACCUGGGUCCCGAAAGCUCUGAAGCGUAUCAACUCCAUGGUCAGCGGAAAAUUGACCUUUGACGAGACCGAUAUCCUGUUCUUUCCCUAUCUGUGCGGAUACGAGAGCCAGCUGACUGGUAAUCUCAGCCCAUGGUGCAGCGUGUUCACUCAGGAGGAGCUACGUAACUAUGCCUACUCCCAGGAUCUGAGCUACUACUACGGUGUUGGUCCAGGUGCUUCAGGACCGGCUCCUAAGCUUUUCCUGCCUUUCCUCCAGAGUCUGACCACACUGUUGAGUAAGGGACCUGGCCAGACCGGUGUCACUGCUGAUGGCGGCAGUUUCACUGUUCCUAACCUGAUCAUGGCUUUCCUCAAUGAUAAUCAGAUCGCCGAGAUGACGGCUGCGAUGGGGAUGUUCGAUGACGAGGCCCCUCUGCCCGAUGACCACGUCCCGAAGGACCACCUUUAUAAUGUCUCUCACUUCAUCACCAUGCGUGGUACCGUUGCGUUUGAAGUUCUGAACUGUGAGGUUAGUUCUGGAAGGAAAACUUCGGACGAGCUGUAUCUUCGCAUUCUCUUCAACGAUGCCGUCUACCCCAUUCCCCGCUGUCAGAACGGUCCCGGCAAGAGCUGUUUGUUGUCGGAUUACAUCUCGAUGAUCGAGAAGAAGAGCAAGAAAGCCGGCAACUGGCUCGACUACUGCAAUGUGACUGAGACUAAGGAGCCCGUGGCUGGAGCUAGCUUUUUCACUGACCUGUCACUGGACUUCUUGACUAUGGUCAGCCCGUGA